UGUUUGGGGUUGAAGUUGAGGCCGUAGGAGCUCGGCUCACACCGGGCCCCGGCCGGGCCCCCUCGCCAGCCCCCUCCCUUCCCCCGCACACCCCUCGCCAUGCGUAGGGAGAUGAACGGCGUCACCAAGAGCCGCUUCGAGAUGUUCUCAAACAAUGAUGAAGCUGUGAUCAACAAGAAGCUUCCCAAAGAGCUGCUGCUGCGGAUUUUCUCUUUCCUGGAUGUGGUCACUCUGUGUCGCUGUGCUCAGGUCUCCCGGGCAUGGAAUGUUCUGGCCCUGGAUGGCAGUAACUGGCAGCGAAUUGACCUGUUUGAUUUCCAGAGGGAUAUUGAGGGCCGAGUGGUGGAGAACAUCUCGAAGAGGUGCGGGGGGUUCCUGAGGAAGCUGAGCCUGCGUGGCUGCCAGGGAGUCGGGGACAACGCACUGAGGACCUUUGCACAGAACUGCAGGAAUAUCGAAGUGCUGAACCUGAACGGCUGCACCAAAAUCACAGAUGCCACGUGCACCAGCCUCAGUAAGUUCUGCUCCAAACUCCGGCACCUGGACCUGGCGUCCUGCACCUCCAUCACCAACCUGUCCCUGAAGGCACUCAGCCAAAAGCUUCCAGCCUUCUCCUCUCACCUCUCCAGUGAGGGCUGCCCGUUGCUGGAGCAGCUCAACAUCUCCUGGUGUGACCAAGUGACCAAGGAUGGCGUCCAGGCACUGGUGAGGGGCUGCGGGGGCCUCAAAGCGCUGUCCCUGAAGGGCUGCACACAGCUCGAGGACGAAGCUCUCAAAUACAUCGGUGCAAACUGUCCUGAAUUGGUGACGUUAAACCUCCAGACGUGCUUACAAAUAACAGAUGAUGGUCUCAUUACAAUAUGCAGAGGAUGCCACAAGCUGCAAUCGCUGUGCGCCUCGGGCUGCUGCAACAUUACAGAUGCCAUCCUGAACGCCCUGGGACAGAACUGCCCGAGGCUCAGAAUAUUAGAAGUCGCCAGGUGCUCCCAGCUGACAGACGUGGGCUUCACGACUCUGGCCAGGAACUGCCACGAGCUUGAAAAAAUGGACCUGGAGGAGUGUGUCCAGAUAACAGACAGCACGCUAAUCCAGCUCUCCAUACAUUGUCCACGGCUCCAGGUUCUGAGUUUGUCCCACUGCGAGCUGAUCACGGAUGAUGGCAUUCGCCACCUGGGGAACGGCGCCUGCGCCCACGACCGCCUGGAGGUGAUCGAGUUGGACAACUGCCCCCUGAUCACCGACGCUUCCCUGGAGCACCUGAAGAGCUGCCACAGCCUGGAGAGGAUAGAGCUGUACGACUGCCAGCAGAUCACGCGGGCGGGGAUCAAGAGACUCAGGACCCAUUUACCCAACAUCAAAGUCCACGCUUACUUCGCGCCGGUGACACCGCCUCCAUCGGUCGGGGGCAGCCGACAGCGCUUCUGCAGAUGUUGCAUCAUCCUAUGACACUGGAAGCAGCCAUCCCUGCAAACUGAGUAUUUAAUGACACCUCUGGAGCAACGGUGGACAGCUGUACCUUCGAGGAGGGCGAUGCGGUGUCGUUUGCAAGGGGCAGCCAGCGGGCAGCGGCGCCGGCCCCUGGAGCCACCCAUACACAUCCAUAUUCACACCCCACCUGUUCCAGCAGACGGAUGAACUCUGCGGUCUGGGGCUGGAGCUCUUGGCUUUUCUGUAGGUGGAUUGGUAUAAUUCUGAACCAUUCCUGCUGGGCAUGCUCAGACGAAGUCAUUGCGGUGAGGAGGGGAGAUGUUUGCAAACCCAAAACGACUGUUGCUGCUGUAGAGGUUAGAAAGUCAUGGCGACCCUUGGAAACAGGGAGAGAAAGGGAGGUGCUUUAUCCCUGCAUCCGUUGUCCAGGUGGAAAAAAAAAAAAAGCAAAGGAACAAACUGA